AUGUCGAAGCCACUUGCUCACGCCAAGAUUGUUCUCCGCCAUUCCAACGAGCGCGGAUACGCAGAACAUGGCGGUUGGCUUAAGACCUUCCACACGUUUAGUUUUGCUGGCUACUACAACCACAAGUUUAUGAAUCAUGGUAGCCUACGUGUUUUGAAUGAAGACCGAGUCUCCGCCAGGAAUGGAUUCGCGACACACCCCCACAAGGAUGCGGAGAUUUUCAGCUAUAUCCUCAAUGGCGAGCUCACUCACCGUGAUAGUACGAUCAAAAAGGGUACCGAGGGAGCGCAGGGCAAGCAAUUCUACCGCAUGAAGCGUGGAGAUGUCCAAUUUACUACUGGUGGAACUGGAAUCUCGCACUCCGAACAGAACGAGUCAAAUAAGGAAGUCCACUUUCUUCAAAUCUGGGCUCUUCCCUGGAAGCACGGCCUCAAGCCAGCGUAUCACACAAUGACUUUCAGCGAGGAAGCAAAGAGAAAGGCAUUUGUGCCUAUCUUAUCACCACUUGCUGCUGGUCCUGAGGCCACUCCAGCGGAGGAAGAGGCUGCUGUUCCUAAAAUUCCUGAAACUAUUCCAAUUCAUGCUGACUUCAUCAUGGGUGCUGGAAUUAUCGAGCCCGCCACCACGUUCAAGUGGAAUGUGGGUGCAGGUGACAUUGUCGAGUCUAAGAAGAAGCGCAAUGUCUAUAUCCACUUGCCCAUGACCAAGAAGGGCAAGUCCAAAGUCAGGCUUAAUGGUAGUGAUGAUACUAUCUUGGAAGAAGGAGAUGGUGCCUUCGUCUCCAUGGUGAAUGCUGGAGACAGUCUUUCUGUUGAGAGUAUUGGGGAAGUUGAAGCAGAGGUUAUUGUUCUUGACAGUAACUAG